AUGGAUGUCUUGGAUCCAAUCAUGGGCAUUCUCCCAACACUGUGGAAUGGCACUUCCAAGCGCAUUGAUAUCAUCCGUCAUCUCCAAGAGAACUUGACUUCAUUAAGACAGACAAGGGAUGAACUCGAGGACAUCAGCAAAGAUGUCAGGAGCAGGGUCGAGCAUGCAGAGCAGCAAUAUCGUAAGCAUACCAACCAAGUUGAAGGCUGGCUGGAAAGGGUACAACUCAAAUUACAGGAAGUGCAGAAUAUUUUGCUGAAGGGAGAGCAAGAGAUCCAAAAGAAAUGUUUGGGAAGUUGCUGUCCCAGGAAUUGCUACUCUAGCUACAAGCUUGGUAAAGAAGUAAUUAAGGGGACUAAAGCUGUGAAUGAUUUAAUAAACAAAGGGAAGGAAUUCAAAUCUUCGGAUGAUAUUUCUGAAAAACUACCUUCGCCUCCAGUGGAUGAGAUAUCUGUGAAGAAGACUGUGGGCAUGGACUCAAUACUGAAUGAAGUUUGGAGAUGUCUUGACGACCAUAAAGUGAGUGUGAUCGGCAUAUACGGGAUAGGGGGUGUUGGCAAGACCACCCUUUUAAAGAAACUUAACAAUAAAUUCAUCAAUGAAAGACGAGAAUUUGAUGUGGUGAUUUGGGUUACGGUGUCUAAAGAAGUGAACUUGGAUGGAAUUCAAGAAGUUAUACGGCAUAAAUUACAGAUUCCAUAUGAAACAUGGGACAAAAAGACAGACGAGCAUAGUAGAGCUACCGAAAUCUGCAGAAGCUUAAGUAGAAAAAAGUUUGUGCUAUUGCUAGACGAUCUGUGGGAGCGAAUAGAUCUGCCAGACAUGGGAGUUCCUGACGUUUCAUGCCAUCAAAAUGGGUCAAAAAUUGUAUUCACAACCCGUUCAGAGCAUGUGUGCCAUAGCAUGGACGCUGCUGUCAAGAAAUUCGAAGUGAAGUGUUUGUCAUUUGAAAAAUCCUUUGAAUUGUUUCGACAAUGUGUGACGGAGGAUGUUUGA